AUGGCGGCUGCAGCGGUGGUCGAGUUUCAGAGAGCUCAGUCUCUCAUUAGCACGGACAGCAACGCCUCUAUCGACAUCCUCCACUCGAUAGUGAGGAGAGAUGUUCAGGAGAACGAUGAGGAAGCCGUCAGGGUUAAAGAACAGAGCAUCCUGGAGCUCGGGACGCUGCUGGCCAAGACGGGACAGGCAGCAGAGCUCGGGGGUCUGCUGAAAUUCGUCAGGCCUUUCCUGAUUUCCAUCAGCAAGGCGAAGGCGGCCCGGCUGGUCCGCUCUCUGCUCGACCUCUUCCUGGACAUGGAGGCGGCGACGGGGCAGGAGGUCGAGCUGUGUCUGGAGUGCAUCGAGUGGGCCAAGAACGAGAAGAGGACCUUCCUACGACAGGCUCUGGAGGUAAAAGGAGGAGCAGGGCAGCGUUAA